GCGAAGUGUACAGCGAUCGCUUCAGGACUAUAAAGUGCGCUUGUGUAGUGACAACGGAGUCGUUUGGGAUUUAAUCCGAAAUAAGCCUAGCAGAAGUGGGAGUCUUUAGCGUUAGCUUAGUUCUGCUAAAGCGGCUGCAGUUCCUAGCUUGUAGCAGCGACAGCUAGCAUUAGUGGAGGUUGUUGUUUUUUUUAGUCAUUUACUUUGUUUAAAUAUAAAACACACCAAUGGACUCGGACGAAGGUUAUAACUAUGAGUUUGAUGACGAGGAGGAGUGCAGCGAGGACAGUGCUGCCGACGAGGACGACGACGCGCUGGACCUCGGUGAAGUGGAGCUGGUGGAGCCGGUGGUAGCGGGAGGAGACCAGGACGGAGGCGAGGACACGGGCGGCGGCGGCGGCCUCGGGGCCGGACGGGACGAGGAGGACUACCGCUAUGAAGUGUUAACCGCAGAGCAGAUCCUCCAGCACAUGGUGGAGUGCAUUAGGGAGGUGAACGAGGUUAUUCAGAACCCAGCGACUAUAACCAGAAUCCUGCUCAGUCACUUCAACUGGGACAAAGAGAAGCUCAUGGAGAGAUACUUUGAUGGGAAUCUGGAUAAGUUAUUCUCCGAGUGUCACGUCAUUAACCCCAGUAAGAAGACGAGGACGAGGCCGAUGAGUACACGGUCGUCUAAUCAGGACAUGCACUGCCAGAUCUGCUACCUGAACUAUCCCACUUCGUAUUUUACAGGUCUGGAGUGUGGUCACAAAUUCUGCAUGCAGUGCUGGGGGGAUUACCUGACCACCAAAAUUAUAGAAGAGGGUAUGGGUCAGACUAUCUCAUGUCCUGCUCACAACUGUGAUAUUCUGGUUGAUGACAACACUGUAAUGAGGCUGAUCACUGACUCUAAAGUGAAGCUAAAGUACCAACAUCUAAUCACGAACAGUUUUGUGGAGUGUAAUAGACUAUUAAAAUGGUGUCCGGCUCCUGACUGUCAUCAUGUGGUUAAGGUCCAGUAUCCAGAUGCUAAACCAGUGCGCUGCAAAUGUGGGAGACAAUUCUGCUUUAAUUGUGGUGAGAACUGGCACGACCCAGUGAAGUGUAAGUGGUUGAGGAAGUGGAUUAAGAAGUGUGAUGAUGACAGUGAAACGUCUAACUGGAUUGCAGCAAAUACCAAGGAGUGUCCCAAGUGCCAUGUAACCAUUGAAAAGGAUGGCGGUUGUAACCACAUGGUUUGCCGUAACCAGAACUGUAAGGCUGAGUUCUGUUGGGUGUGUCUGGGUCCUUGGGAGCCACAUGGCUCGGCCUGGUACAACUGCAACCGCUACAACGAAGAUGACGCAAAGGCGGCCAGAGACGCCCAGGAGCGGUCCCGUGCAGCCCUGCAGCGUUAUCUUUUUUACUGCAAUCGCUACAUGAAUCACAUGCAGAGUCUGCGCUUCGAGAACAAGCUGUACGCGCAGGUCAAGCAGAAGAUGGAGGAGAUGCAGCAGCACAACAUGUCGUGGAUCGAGGUGCAGUUCCUGAAGAAGGCCGUGGACGUGUUGUGCCAGUGCCGAUCCACACUCAUGUUCACCUACGUCUUUGCCUUCUACCUCAAGAGGAACAACCAGUCCAUCAUUUUCGAGAACAAUCAGGCUGACCUGGAGAACGCCACAGAGGUGCUGUCAGGCUAUCUGGAGCGUGACAUUUCCCAAGAUUCUUUGCAAGAUAUCAAACAGAAAGUCCAAGAUAAAUAUAGAUACUGCGAGAGUCGACGGCGAGUUCUGCUGCAGCAUGUGCACGAGGGCUAUGAGAAGGACUUAUGGGAGUAUUUAGAGGACUGAGGAAGAUUCCUCCAAUCAUAAACUCUCUGCCAGGACGAACUGUCCGAUGGUUUGGAAAACGCUCUCGGCCAUCUUCACACAUCCUCGACACGUCGCAUCCUUUUUCCUGCCUGUUCUGUUGGUUUUUAUUGAGAUUCUAAUUUAAUUUUAUUCUAAAUAAAAAGGUAGCUUUAUUAAAGACGGAACCCCAAUGUCAGUAUUGCAGUUUAGUUUGCAGCGAGGCUCUGCACUCUUACCUCCUGCCUGGGUGUUCAUGGACAUGGCCUCAGUAGGGGUUUUUUCCCUUCUUUCUAUAGCUUUUAUUUGUUAGUAGUUCGAUUUAAGAUGGGUUUUGUCUGGAGCAUGGUUUCAUACAUGCACAGUUUGGCCGGAACACCAGACCUGACGCUUUCUUAAGCUUUUUCUUAAGAACAAAAGGCCUGUAUGUGUUAAUAAGGGGUCAGGCAUUUCAAUCUGUAAAUAACUGCAGUGCAUGAAACAUGGCGUGGGACACAGUUUCUCUCUUCUUUUUUUCCGUGUGUGUGCGUGCGUGCGCACUCUCUCUUCAGCUUCAUAAUUAUAAGGUUUAUAAUUUUUUUUUUUUUGUUGUUAAGACUCGAAAGCUACAGUAGAAACCACAUUAUCAGGAGGACAUCAGCAGUGUUCAAGUAGCCUUAUAUGUAAAGGAGUGUGUUGGGGUGGUGUUGAGGGGGUUGUCAAAUGCACUUUCAUACCCAUUACUCUAUGAUUUAAUUGAUCGACUCAAACCUGUCUGUUAGUUUCUUCAGUUUUGCAUCUCAGCUACAAGGCUAAAGAUCCUAAACUGGAAUAUCAGCACAAAGCUGUGGCAUUUCCUCAGUUGUGUCACACAGCAGUCUCGUUACAGCACUGUAAAGAUUCCUGAACAUUUCUCCCCUCAGAAACUAAUCAAAGUUUCGAGGCAGAAUGCUCAAUAAGCUGCUGAGAUAAUGAUGCUUUUAAAGAGAAAAUGUUUACAGAGCAUUAAAAGUGACUGAGGAGAGGGAGCUAUCAGCCCUCGUCUACAUACAUCAGCUAACAGCCUCCUGUGAUUGGCUAGUGUCAGGGGGAGACACCCAGUAACACCUCUACACCAGGAUUCCAGGCAGAAGCUGACGAGUUCCACUAAUUUUAAUUUACUUUAGUCUUGUAGCUCCAGUGCAAAACUAAUAAAGCAUAUUGGACAUUAACAUAUAUAUGGCCGAGUGUAUCCUUUGGGUUAAAGGGAAGAAAUGUGGGCUUUAGGGUGUUUUAUUUAUUUGUUUUGUCCAGAUUGUUCUGCAUUUGAUUGGCCAUUAAACUGACUAUUCAUUACUGAAGGUAGCAAAUGAACACGUCUAACCUUGCUUUGUCACUAACAUGCAUGUAGGCAUGUGUCAACAUUGUUACUGCGAUGUUCCGGCGGUGGUGUUAAUGCGAACACAAUAUUCUCACUUCACAGCCAUUUUGAGAUGAAGUGAGGAUCUGCCACAUUUCCUUAAACACUAAUAAUGUUCAAAUGCUGUGCAGUGAGAACGUGCACAUGUCCGUGUGUCACGUCUUUAGGAUAUAAACCUAAUAUCACUGCAUGCUUUCUCACACUGAGACUUUACCAGAUUCCUAACACUGCAGUGGGUAACACUUCUGGCUGGUUAAUGAGGGCAGAGUAAUUCCUCUUAGAGCUUUUACCAUCAUCUAGUUCUAAUAAAUUAUGCAGCAGCAUUUGAGUGUAAGUGGAUGCUGAUAGCACGGUGGCUACACUAGCUGAGAUUCAGCACUACGUUACUCGGAAGUGAACAUUAGUUUGUGUAACGCAGCCACAGUGUCAGUAACGUGUGAAGAACAACGUGGCUGAUACACCGAACUGUCCCAUGUUUUCAGUUCAGUUACAUGGCAUGGUUUAUUGUGAACAGUUGCUAUGCUGAAAUUCCACUGAGGAUCAGCGUUGCAUGUGUUUUUCCAGAAUGAAACAAAAACACUUGUUCUGUUAGGCGUUUACAGAAGUAUUCACUACUUUAGUCUUAUUUAAGUUUUGUAAUGGAAUAACCUGGAGCUGAAAUUGAUUUAAAGUUGGGUGUGUGUCGAAAAUGUCCGCAAAAUACCUCAUAAUAAUGAAGUACAAAUAAAACAAAACAAUAUAGUUCAAUUUUAAAUUUAAGUGGUGAUUAGUCAGUUACUGUAUGUGCAUUUCAACUGAUCUUAAUAUAACUCCAUCUCAAAAUAAGUCCACCUGCGAGAGUUUGGUAGAGAAUAUAUCUAAGUAAACAACGUUUCAGUCACAACUCAUAUCAUUUUUGCAGUCUACACUGACUUUUUUUUUUAAUUUUAUGUCGAUUCAUUACAAAUCCCAGUUAAGUCAAUUUCACUUCUUCAGUGCUACAAUAUGUAUAACAAGGGGGUGUUAAUACUUGAGUUUGAGUAUUAACAAUACUUGUGAUACGAGUCAUUAAUAUUGCCACAUGCCUACUGCAAAAUGGCUCAUUUUACUUCAUUUUCAUGAUUAUUAUUAUUAUUAUUAUGAUUAUUAUUAUUCCUGAGUUUUGUACACACCUGUUUGAGUGUUCAGUAACGAUCCCCAAGGUGUCACACACUGAUCUGUACCUACUCGAGCUAGGAUCCAGUCUCUCAGAUAGCCGACUGCUCUGACUAACUAGUCAUUGUCACACUCACAACUUUCUAAACUGUUCACGGGAGUCUACAUAGUUUUUGUGUUUCCUGAAUCCCGCCAUCGUGAGAAUCUUAAAGGACUCCAGUGUUGGCUGUACUGGGAGAUCUCUUCACCAAAGUGUGAAUAUCAAAGAAAAAACAAACAAACUAGCAAAAAAAAAAAAAAAAAAGAAUACUGCCUCUGGUCAGAGAAGUGUUCUUCUUCAGUGGCUUUCAUGUGUUAUAACCAUUCUUACAAAUGAAAAUUGUCCUAUUUAAAUAAACCUCAUUCAAAUGUG